GUCGCGCAGGAAACGUGCCGACGCGCUCAGUGGGCGCGUAGGUGUGCGCGCGGGAAGAUGGCUGAGCAGGUGCCGAAGUCUGUGCUCUUCGUGUGUCUGGGUAACAUCUGUCGGUCACCCAUUGCAGAAGCGGUUUUCAGAAAACUUGUAACUGAUCAAAAGCUUUCAGAUCACUGGAGGGUAGACAGUGCAGCGACAUCCACGUAUGAAAUAGGAAACCCUCCUGAUCAUCGAGGGCAGAAUUGCAUGAAGAGGCAUGGUACCCCCAUGAAUCACACUGCCCGGCAGGUUACCAAGGAAGACUUUGCCACAUUUGAUUAUAUACUGUGUAUGGAUGAAAGCAAUCUGAGAGACUUGAAUAGAAAAAGUAAUCAAAUUAAAAACUGCAAAGCUAAAAUUGAACUACUUGGGAGCUAUGAUCCACAAAAUCAACUCAUUAUUGAAGACCCCUAUUAUGGGAAUGAGUCCGACUUUGAGACUGUCUACCAGCAGUGUGUGAGGUGCUGCAGAGCCUUCCUGGAGAAGGCCCGCUAAUGCCACGCCCGUUCUCCCCACAGCCCCUGGCUGGGCCCCACAGGCUCUGCUGUGAGGCCGCAACUGUUUCUUCAGUUGACCCUCUGUUUCUUACCUUAAAUAAUUGUAGAUGGAAAUCAGUUAUUGUAUCUGACAGACAAAUAAAUAAAAAUGUUUCAUCCAGACAGUUUAUGGGGUACGCGAAGUGUUCUUAGACCCGCUGAAACUCCCACUUUGCCCCAGUUACAAAAAUAGUGGAACAAACAAAAUAGAACAGGCACCAGAGCAUGAGGACAUCCAGCGUCCCUUUCGGGCACACAAGUUCUGCCUCUUCCUCGAGUUUGCGGAUGACCGAUGGGGACCCUGUCCUCCGCUGUCUGCACAAGCCAGCCCCAGCAGCCCAUCCAUGGGAGCUCCCAGCCGAGACUCACCCUUGCUCACGGUGCACACUGUUUACAUAGAAGAGUUAAGGUGUUAGUCUACAGAACCUUUCCGACCUGCUAGUUUAUUUCAUCAGGAAGUCAGCUUGAUUCCAUUCGAACCAUUUUGCCUCUGGAAAGUUACAGGCAGAAAGAAGGACACUGUAUGCUGGUUUAUCUUAUUGUCUAUUUGAGGAGCGUGUCUGCUUUUCAAUGCCUAUAGAACCCAAUUGUCAAAUACAGAUCACCUUAGGUGGGAAAAAAUAACUAAAAAGUCGGGGAAAGUUCUUUUAUGUUGAGCUGCUUAAAUAUUGAGACAUUAAGUAUUCUUUCAUCAGUGCUUAAUUUAUAGACAAGUAUAGGUAAUUUCUGUGCACUUGGAGGUAACUAAUCUAAAAUUCAUAUGGAUAUAUGGCAGAAAAGAUUGUUUUCCAAAAUAAACUGGGGAAAUUAUAAAAAUA